UAUUGUAACCCAUUUUGACCCCAAUUGUGGCAGCCACCAUCCUUGGAGAAAUUUCAGCAAUCUGGAGGAGUUUAAGCAGGAUGUCCGGAAUCUUGAGGCGGAUGGCUCAAACAGAUUCUUCGUUCAUCUUUUUCGUCCUCAGUCAUGGCAGCUUGGAGAUCAGCCGUUGCGCAGCAUAGCCUCUUUCACAAGCCGCUUAAGCAAGAAGUGGAAUCUCAUGGCUCACACGCAUGUGGAAUGAUCCUGACUGUUGGCCUGGUAAUUGCGUAUACCUUAAAUUCCAUCAUUGUUUGGGCUACUGCUCCCAUUGUGGAGACAUACAGUGCAGGAGACGUCCGGAACUUCGGCAUCCUCACAGUGAGUUUCAACAUUUCUUGCCCCAGCUGUGUUCCCUACCAGUCGACCUUGACCAAUUCAGUCGUAGAAGAGUUCCGCGUUUGGCAUGGCUACAGUGCAAGUGACUACCCUCACUGUGCCGGUGCUCCAGAAAGUCUUGCUGUUGCUGAUCAAACGACUUCAGACGCCUUGCUUUGCUAUAGCUCGGAUGACAUCUCCGAAGCUUCGGGGAUCGUGGUCUCGCUGUGGAAUAUGACGACUGGAGGCCAAGGAAACCGUGCCAACGUGGUUGUCACGGGCCCGUCACUGGUGGUCAACACCCCGCUGGAAUUCUGGCAUGAAAAGACCUUGCUGCUUGGCAUGAAUGUCUUCCGCGACAAGGAAGGCUGUACGUCCUCGGCACAGUGCAAUCUUCAGCGAGAACUGUACCUUGGAAGUAUGCAGUAUGAUGGCCGAGUGUCGGGAUGGCCAGGUGGCAAAUUAAACAUCCGAUUGCUGCGCUCCGCACAUGUGUACACCCGCACGCCUGGACAAACAUUGUGGGACGUUUUUGGUGCGGUUGGUGGAGCUUAUGGUUUGAUUGUGAGCCUCGUGAGCGUUGUGGUUCAAUUUUUGGCUCGCUAUGAGGGUAGAAAAGAGCCCAAGGCAGCCAAGACAACCAAGACUGCUUCUGCUGAGAUGUCACAAGUGGUAGGCGCUGACAAGGAUGCGGGUGAAAAUCUGGAUGAGCGAGUUCCCAUUUAAGCAUUGAGCCAAAGCCCGAGAGGCCAUGUUGAUGUUUUUCUUACAGGUAUAAUUCCAGAGUUAGGAUGGUGUUUUCACACCCCUUCCUGGGGGUACCACCCAGGCAUUAAAUUACUUUCUUGUGGGAUCCCGACAAACGUGAAGGCAUGGCUCAAAAAAGGUCUGGCUGUUUGCAGACGUUUGCGAUGCCGAAGGUAUCUGCACAACGAGCAAGUUGGGAUCAAAACCCAUGAAGCGAAAGCCAGUCGGAAGUGAAU